GUCGCCGCCGCCGUUAAUAUUUGUCGGCGCAGGGCUCUGUUGCAAAUCACAAAGUAUACCCUGUGUUGCAAAUUCCCAAAAAGAAAAGCUCAUAAAGCAGAAUAAGUUCUAAAUAAGAAUUUUUUAACUAGUUUUAAAAACAAAUGUCUGAUCUCGUGUGGAGUAUUAAAAAUGGUGAACUUGAUCAAGUUCAAGCAUUAAUCCACGAAAAGUCUAUAGAUAUAAAUUCCGAGUUAAACGGGAGGUAUCUUUUGCACUAUGCAGCUGAUUACGGACAAUAUGAUGUCUUAGAUUACCUUAUAAGCAUCGGCGCAAAAGUCAAUGUAACAGAUAAACAUGAAAUUACUCCAUUAUUAGCUGCUAUUUGGGAGGGUCAUACGAAUUGUGUCCAGUUACUUUUAGAGAAGGGAGCGGAUAAAGAAGGUAAAACACCCGAUGGAAGUAAAUAUAUAGAUGUGGCAGAAAAAGAAGAAAUUCGAAAGCUUCUAUUAUAACUUAUUGGAUUACACUUCAUUAAACAUAUUUUAGCUAUUAAUUUAUAAUUUAUAUACAUAUAUAGAUAUGUAUAUGUAUACAAAUGUAGAUUUUCAUUUUAAUAUCUGCGUAUUAAUAUUCCAUUAAAAAUUAAAUAAUGAUGCAGUAUUUUUUUUACUUUGCAGUAUCUAGCUGUGACAAAAUAGGUAAAAAAGAACAAGUUUAAAAAAAUAUAUAUAUGAUAAAAUAAAAUUAAUUUAUAUUGUAUUGAUGCA